AUGAUUGUACGGAAAUUUUCUUCUUAAUUAAUAAGUAUUAAUAAUCCAAUUUUAUAAUUAUUGUCUCUUUUGCUAAUAAGAAUUCGGAUAUCUUCAACAAAUUUUGAAUAUUUGGUUAAUCUCUAUUGCUAAAUAGUUCUCAAUUAAAAAUCAAAAAGGUAGUAGUAUUAUCAUAAAAAAAGUAACUGUCAUCGAAUUUGUUGUUCUUCACCAUAAAAGUAAUACGUCUAAAAACAUGACAGAAAUACUCAAAAUAUAGCAGGGAUGAAUAGAGAAAAAUAUAAAUUUAUUUUGAAAACUACGUUUUUCAAACAUCAACAAUGUUUAUAAAAUGAAAAUUCUAGUAUUAGUUAUAAAUAAUACAGGCAUUUAUAUUUACGUAUGGAUGAAGAUGAUCUUCCAAUUGAGGCUGAUUAUUAUUCAUUAAAGUUGAUUGUUAACUGUCUAUUAUAUGCUAUAUAAUCAAUAUAUUAUUUAAUCAUCAUUUUGAUUAUGCAAAAAAAAACGCCAUUAAAUAGGUAGAUUGUUCUUGAAUGGUUUGAAUAACCACACUUAGAAUUUGCAGAGACACUUCUUAGAAAUUAUUAGUUCACAUUCUCAAAAUUACCAACGCAAGAAGAAAUUUUAUAGAUUCUAUGCUCAGUUGAAAAAGCAUACAAUAGUAAAAGAGGUGCUUGGACUCCAUGCCAAGAUAAAUUUCUAAAUCUUGCUGUAUUAGGAACAUGCCUACAGCAUUUAAUGAAGCCUAUAGAGUUAUCUUCGUAAUAGUGGGAAUAGAUUUCUCGAUUGUUUCGUUUUCAUAAUUGGAAAGCCUGCAGAAAUAGAUGGCUAGAAGAAUGUCACAAAAAAGCAAAUUGGACUCCCUAAGAAGAUAAGGUUUUAACAUAAUUAUAAUAAUUUAAACCUAAUAAGUGGUGUGAAAUAGCUAUAGAUUUGAUGAGGAUCUGUAAAACACCAUACAUAAGAUAGGGAAAGCAAUGCAGAGAUAGAUGGGUAAAUAAGCUUGAUCCAAAUAUUGUCAACAAUCCGUGGACAAAAGAAGAGGAGCUCUAAUUGUUUCGAGAAAUAGAAUUAAGAGGUAAGAAAUGGGCAGAGAUUUCACUCAAAGUCUUCUAAUUGAGGAGAACUGAGAACACUAUUAAAAAUAGAUAUUAUAAUUUAUUAAAGCAAGCUGAAACAAAGAUGAAAUUUGGAAGAAUAACAAAAGAGUAAAAAAAUAAAGCAUUAGUUGAUUUAGUAAUUAAACAACUAGAAACCUCUAUUAAUUAUCAACCAAAACAAGAAGAAACCGAGGAACAGGAAGCUAAAAUUUACAAAUUAGAUUAAUUUAAUCCCACUAAUUUAGAAGAUUAUGAAGAUAUUGUUGUCUUGGUCAACAAGAAGCUUGUUAAACUAAAUGAUUAAGUCUGA